AUGAAUCAAUUGGGAAUGAAAGUGAGAAAUCAAUUUGGUAAUGAAUUAAAAUUGAAUGAUUCGUAUUAUGGAUUUUUAGCAAGAUGGUCUACAGAAUUAAAAAUAAUGAAAACAUCAUCGUUAGAAAAAAUACUAUCACAAUCAUUAACAUCAGAUGUAAUCAAACAUUGGUUUAAUCGUUUAAAAUUAAUUAUGACUAAAUUAAAUUUAUCCGAUCGUCCACAAUCGAUUUUCAUUGUUGAUGAAAGUGGUUUUUCAGAUCAGCCAGGGUGUAAAACAGUCAUUAUUGAAUGUUCAACAAAAAUUGCAAUAUCGACUCAUGGUGGUAGUGGCAAAAGCUUCAUUACGCUCUUAUUAUGCACAUCAGCAAGUGGUCGAUAA